CACUACUAGUAAGUAGUAUAAAUUGUGCAAAAAAAGGUCUCACAACGCCUCAGUAGUUCAAUUCGCCAUGGCGUCCACCCUUCUGCUUAUCGUGGCUACCACCACGUUCAUUUGCGCAUGCAAUGGUUUCAAACACUUCCAACUGGAAAUUCCAAACGGCGACAAUGUAGAGCAUCCCUGUAAACCCAAUACUCAGUGGAUGGGUGUUGGACAUCUGCAAGAACAAGGCGGUGGACCAAGGAAUGUCUUUGGAGAGGCUUUCGACCAGGCUGGGAAGAAGUGGACCAAGGCACUUUGCCAGAUGGACUCAGAUGGAGACGGACAAACGAACGGUGCAGAGCUUGGUGACCCAAAUUGUGUAUGGACGAAGGGAGCUACGCCAUUCCGAACUACAGCACUAACUCAUCCAGGCUUCAAGACGCCUGCGGGAAGCUUCAAAUACGAUCCAACAGACAAGACGACGUUGAGUUGCAGCGGGCUAAACCCAUCAUGCCCUGGCAAGAACGAGGUAGGUGUAAAAACAUUGGACUUGACCAUGGCAAAGAAUACCAAAGUACCUUCGCAGACUACAACGUACUUCUGCACUGCGUUCACUGUACCCGAUGACCAAGUGUACCAUGCUGUUGGCUUUGAUGCCAUUUUAGACAACUUGAACGUCAUUCAUCAUAUGCUUCUAUAUGGCUGCCAGUCAUCCACAGUCACGAAACCUGGUGAAUGUGAUAUGUCUGGUUCAGGCUGCAGGGAUCUUUUGGCUAUUUGGUCGCUCGGUUUUCUUGACACGUGUCUGCCUGACAUUGCUGGUGUUCGAUUUGGCAAAGGAACCUAUAGGACGUUCCAGCUGCAAGUUCACUGGAACAACCCUCUUCAUCGCACUGACUACACCGAUUCUUCAGGACUUCGUAUGCACUACACGUCGACACUGCGCAAGUAUGACAUGGGUAUCAUGUGGCUGGGACAGUCUAACUUGGAAAUUCCAGGAGGAGCCCAGAAGACCUACAUUGGCGAAUGCAGUGGUAAGUGCACCCAAAAUAUUCUCCUUCAGCCUGUGACUGUAGCUGCAUCUACGUCUCAUAUGCAUCUGAUCGGGAAAGCAACAAAGAUCUCCCACACCGUUGGGACUACAAAUGUUACCACGGAUAUUCUCUCGCAAGAUGUCUACGAUUACGAUAGUCCUACCUGGACAUUCCACGACCCACCGGUAGUUAUCACUCCUGGCGAUAGCUUGUCCAUCAACUGUACAUACGACGCUAGCUCUCGCAAUUUCACCACACGGUAUGGCGAUGCGACCAAUGACGAGAUGUGCUUCGGCUUCCUACAGUACUAUCCCAAGGGAGGUGACUUCAGGUGUAUGCAGUAUGACAGUCACGAUAUCUGCCUGGAGAACUCUGUAGUCUGUGGUAACAAGUGUUCGUUGUCUGUCUACCUGGACAACGUCACCUCCCUGUUGUCGCAGGCUGAAAAAUACUGCAAUACAACAAGCUGCAAUCCCCACUGCUUGGAGGCCAUUAAAACCCUCUUCCAAGUCUACAAUAAUCCUUGCGUGAAGACACGUCAUCCCAUUGCUUACCGAACAUUGAAACAAGCAUUCAAGACAAAGGAGACCGAGCUCUACACAGCCAUUUACGUGUGCAGGUACUUCCAUGGACAGGAUAUCCUCGACGAACCGCUACCGCAACGGACGUUCAACACGUCAGCUGAAAUAAGCGUCUCGUGUCCAUCCAACGAAGGUUUGGAACGAUUCCCGCCGGGUUCCAGGCCUCCACAAGUGGGCACAACCCUGCCCGGAGGCUCCGCAACAAGGUUUGCCUUGUCCGCUGGUCUCUGUCCACUGCUGCUUGCCGUCUAUGCCGUAUUCUGCAAGCAAUUCGCCAUGGGGUUCACCGUUUUUCUCGCUUUUGCUUACAUAGCGUUGCUUUUCCCUCGUAGUGGAUUCAAACACUUCCAACUGGAAAUCCCAAACGGCGACAAUGUAGAGCAUCCCUGUAAACCCAAUACUCAGUGGAUGGGUGUUGGACAUCUGCAAGAACAAGGCGGCGGACCAAGGAAUGUCUUUGGAGAGGCUUUCGACCAGGCUGGAAAGAAGUGGACAAGGGCACUUUGCCAGAUGGACUCAGAUGGAGACGGACAAACGAACGGUGCAGAGCUUGGUGACCCGAACUGUGUAUGGACGAAGGGAGCUGUACCAUCCCGAACUACAGGACUAACUCAUCCAGGCUUCAAGACGCCAGCAGGAAGCUUCAAAUUCGACCCAACAGACAAGACGACAUUGAGUUGCAGUCCGCUAAACCCAGUAUGCCCUGGUAAAGAUAAGGUAGGUGUAAAAACAUUGGACUUGACCAUGGCAAAGAAUACCAAAGUACCUUCGCAGACUACAACGUACUUCUGCACUGCGUUCACUGUACCCGAUGACCAAGUGUACCAUGCUGUUGGCUUUGAUGCCAUUUUGGACAACUUGAACGUCAUUCAUCAUAUGCUUCUAUAUGGCUGCCAGUCACCCACAGUCACGAAACCUGGUGAAUGUGAUAUGUCUGGUUCAGGCUGCAGGGAUCUUUUGGCUAUUUGGUCGCUCGGUUUUCCGGGCCAGUGUCUGCCUGACAUUGCUGGUGUUCGAUUUGGCAAAGGAACCUACAGAAUGUUCCAGCUGCAAGCUCACUGGAACAACCCUCUUCAUCGCACUGACUACACAGAUUCUUCAGGACUUCGUUUGCACUACACGUCGACACUGCGCAAGUAUGACAUGGGUAUCAUGUGGCUGGGACAGUCUAAAUUGGAAAUUCCAGGAGGAGCCCAGAAGACCUACAUUGGCGAAUGCAGUGGUAAGUGCACCCAAAAUAUUCUCCUUCAGCCUGUGACUGUAGCUGCAUCUACGUCUCAUAUGCAUCUGAUCGGGAAAGCAACAAAGAUCUCCCACACCGUUGAGGCUACAAAUGUUACCACGGAUAUUCUCUCGCAAGAUGUCUACGAUUACGAUAGUCCUACCUGGACAUUCCACGACCCACCGGUAGUUAUCACUCCUGGCGAUAGCUUGUCCAUCAACUGUACUUAUGACGCUAGCUCUCGCAAUUUCACCACACGGUAUGGCGAUGCGACCAAUGACGAGAUGUGCUUCGGCUUCCUACAGUACUAUCCCAAGGGAGGUGACUUCAGGUGUAUGCAGUAUGACAGUUACGAUAUCUGCCUGGAGAACUCUGUAGUCUGUGGUAACAAGUGUUCGUUGUCUGUAUACCUUGACAACGUCACCUCCCUGUUGUCGCAGGCUGAAAAAUACUGCAAUACAACAAGCUGCAAUCCCCACUGCUUGGAGGCCAUUAAAACCCUCUUCCAAGUCUACAAUAAUCCUUGCGUGAAGACACGUCAUCCCAUUGCUUACCGAACAUUGAAACAAGCAUUCAAGACAAAGGAGACCGCGCUUUACACAGCCAUUUACGUGUGCAGGUACUUCCAUGGACAGGAUAUCCUCGACGAACCGCUACCGCAACGGACGUUCAACACGUCAGCUGAAAUAAGCGUCUCGUGUCCAUCCAACGAAGGUUUGGAACGAUUCCCGCCGGGUUCCAGGCCUCCACAAGUGGGCACAACCCUGCCCGGAGGCUCCGCAACAAGGUUUGCCUUGUCCGCUGGCCUCUGUCCACUGCUGCUUGCCGUCUAUGCCGUAUUCUGCUAGAUGAGAGACUCUUGCACAGCAUGGUAUGGCUUGUACAUAAUUCUGAGGCUUGCGAUUUCUUCCCGUCUGAAUUCCCUUAAACUCCUGAAUUCCCCCAAGCUUUUGAAUAUGCAAUGUUGCCUCGUGACAACUCUCAGCGUACACUGCAUCUUCAAACUAGCCUGCCCCCUUGUUGUUUUGUGAACAUGUGGUUUAUAUACUCAAUCUGCAGAACGUGCUGUUUUGUCCUUUGUGGAUUAAUACUUCUGAUUUUUGCAACCAAGAUAAAUAAUUCAACCAAACUAUUUCCCUUUAUGAGUUUAAUAAUAUAACCCUUUUUUCUCCUUUGGAAGCUGGACCUUGACUGAAAGAAGUAUCAUUAAUUUUUA